CUCUUCUUCUUCUUCUCCCCGUUGCAGCCCACCCGAAAGAAGAAAAAAAAAAAAAAGAAAAGGGAACUCAGCCAUGCCUUGAGGAAACCGGUAGAGAGCUUGAUUUUAUCCUUCUUUUCUUGCUCUAGAACACAUGUAAAACCCAGAAACAUUCCCCCUCUCUGCAGAAAUCCCGGAUCUGCUCUGCUCUGCUCCUCACCGCCAGCUGCUCCUGCUUUGUGGAGGGCGAAUCGCUCCGGUUUCUGAUUGUCGCCGGCCUUCCCCCAACUGCAGUCUGGUUUUAGCUGGAAAAUUCUGGUAUGGACAGUCCUUUUAAGGCUUAAAUUAUCCAUUUAGUUUGCUGGCUGUGUUGUCCGAAUUUGGCUGAAAAUUGGGGAGGAAUUCCGGUAGCUUUAGGAUAAAAUUAAGCAUUAAUUCCAGUGGGAUUUAUGUGAUUGAGUGUUAAUUGACUGCUGUGAUUUUUGGAGAGAAAAUCCCGUGAAAUUAGCUAGUGUUUUGGCCAAUUUUAGAAGUGCAGUUACUGUUUAUGGAUACUGUUAACGGGCACUAAUAAAUUUAGAGAUGUCGGGUCAUGUGGGGAUUGAGAGGAAUAGCAUCAUGAUUAGAGGGUAGUUAUGGUGAUUUUACUUUUGAAUCCGUGGUACGGUAAUUAAUUCUUAGAUUUUUUGAUUAGGUUCCUGAACGUUCUGUUAGUUUAGCACUGAGAUUGAAUCUUCGGUUUUAUGCAAUUUGAGGUAAGUAAAUAUAUGGUAAUGCCCGUAUAGUUUUUAAAAACAUGUUUUGACUUGUUUUUGAAAUGGUGGCAGGACUAAACCCGUUUUACACGAGCAUAACUGAUUUGAAGUGAAAUUUUUAUACUUUUCAUUAAAGUGAGCAUGCCUACUUGAGAUUUAAUUGAUUGUCCCGAUGAUCGGAAAGUGAUUGGUGAAGUAUGAUUUUCUGUUAAAUUUUGCCUGUUUUGAAUAUGGUCAUGUUAUUCGUGUGCCCGCUAGUGGGAGGUUUAUAAACGCUAGCACAUGUCAACAUGUUACUGAUAGAACCGGUUCGUUUCUGUUAUCUUGCUAGUGGGAUUAUACACUGGUAAAUCGUGUGCCUGCCAGUAGGAGGUUUAUAACACUGGCCAUGACCUAUGGAGGAGACAUCUAUUUCGUUUCCAUACUUGUCCUUGUUUUUCGUGAUUAUACUGGUUGGCAUGCUAUAAGUUUAAUUAAGGGCUAUCCAUAUUUACUUAUUGGGUUAUCUCAUAGUUUUUCUUUAUCCACCAUUUCAAGAAGCGAAACCGAGGACGGGAAACCACGGAAAGUGACGAGUUAGAAGCCUAGCCAUUUCAAGAUUGAUAUAUGUUUUAGAAAUAAAUCAUGAUCUUGUAAACUCGACUUUAUUGGAGAUUUAUAAUAUUAGAGCAAAUUAUAAAAUUUGAUCUUCAGAUUUUGAUGGUAUCAUAUUGUGGUAUAAUAAGUUUCGAGCCUUGUGCAUUUGUGGGACUUUUUCACAAGAUGCACGGCGUUUUUCGUACCUCGGAUUUGAGUUAUGGGACGUGACAGUUGUAAAUGAGUCCAAUCAAGCUUUUUAGAAUUUAAACUCAAGCUCGAUACUAGACUAAUGAGUUGAGUUGAGUUUAAGUUUCUAUCAAAUUCAAAUAGAUUUAGCUAGAAUCUAACUUACGAGCUUAACCUGCUAACUCGAACUUAACUAUUAAACUCAAUUUAUCUUU